AUGCCGGCCACCAAGACCGUCGAAGUGCCGUAUCUCGGCAUCCGUGCCGGAUAUGCGCUAGCCAACGAUGCCUACGACCCCUCAAAGCCAACAUGCGUCCUCAUGAACUCGAUGUGCAUGACGUCGGCGCUGUUCCGACCUCAAUUUGAGAGCGAACAGCUGACGAAGGCCAUGAAUCUUCUGGCCAUCGAGCCCCUGGGCCACGGCGCGACGACUUGUGCCUCGGAGCACUUCACCUACUGGGACACGGCCAGGAUGGCUCUGCUGGUCCUGGACAAGCUGGGCAUCGACAAGUUCUUCGCGCUGGGCACCAGCCAAGGCGGGUGGAUGGUGGCCCGGCUCGCCUUGCUUGCCCCCGGGAGAAUCCAAGGCCUCCUGCUGUUGGGUACGUCCAUGGACAACGAGUCGGCCGACUCGCGCACCAAGGGCUGCUGGGAUCCUGUCCCGUUCUUCAAGCCGUUCCUGCAAAAGUGGACGAGCAGCGAGCCUACGCCCGACUUCGUGCCUGACCAAGACUGGAUCGGCGCAUGCACCGGCCUAGGCUUUGGCGCCGCCGGCACCGCGGAGAACACGGAUUUCUGGACCCAGACGCUACGCGAGGUGUACAAAGGAGACGAGGGAAGGAAGAAGCUCAAGAUGGCCACCAUCUGUCUUGCCGAGCGAGAUAGUCUGCUAUUGCGACUCGAGUAUAUCACGUGUCCCGUCCACUGGCUGCAGGGUUCCGAUGACGUGGUCUACUCGACUCAGAUCGCCAGUGAGCAGAUCAAGCUGUUCACAGCAUCAAAGAACGCGAAAACUGGCGUCGUCCAGGGAGGAGCUCAUUACCUAAGCGCAUCGAACCCAACCGAGGCCAAUGCGGCCCUUUUAGCUCUAGUCGAAAACAGCUCUUGA